AUGUCGAUUGUUCCGCAGAAAGGCAAGGUUGCAGUGAUUGGCGGUGGAAUUUCCGGCCUCACGUACGCCUAUUUCCUCGGAAAACUGCGUCCAGAUUUGCAAAUCCAGCUGUAUGAAAAAUCUGACCGUCUGGGUGGAUACAUUCGAUCCAAGAAGCUGUUCACCACGGAGUACGACUCCAGGGCCAGUCAGGACUAUACGAUUCUCGAGAAAGGGCCACGGACCGUUCGUGGUGGCAGCAGCGGAAUUAUUCUGCUGCUGGACCUGCUAUUCAAGUUCAAGGCCCAGAACGAUCUUCUGGGGAUCUCGGGCACCUCUUUGGCCAACAGACGGUACCUGGUGAGUCCGUACGUGGACACAGAAGGCCACUCGGGCAAAUUGACUCCUGUUCCGUACUCUGUGCCCUCGUUCUUGCGGUUCCUGUUCGACCCUCUAGGCCGCGGGCUGGUGUACGGGUUACUCAAGGAGCCGUUUGUGAGAAGCAAGAUGGCCAACGACGAGACGGUGGAGCAGUUUGUGACGCGUCGGUUCAACAAGUCUGUUUCGGACAACGUUGUGAGUGCCAUCAUGCACGGGGUGUAUGCUGGGGAUGCAGGCAAGCUGAGUGCGAAAAGCGUUCUGCCCCAAUUGGUGGACAUCGAGGCCAAACACGGGUCUAUUGUGCGCUACUACUUGUCGCAGUUGAUCCAGACUUUGCAAAAGAAGAAACCAGAGGACAAGUUGCCUGCGGACGUGGCGAAAUACGCCGAGGUGUUCAAGCCAUCGUUCAAUUUGGAGAAAACCACCCGGUUUUUGCGCAGGUUCCCAGUGUUGACCAUCCGCGACGGAUUGGAGACUCUGGUGACGCUCUUGCACCGGAACCUGCCCGAGAACGUGACUGUGAAGCUCAACACGGGCGUGACGAGCGUUUCCUCUGCCGACAACGGUCUGGAACUGGAACUGUCUUCGGGAGAUAAAAUACUUGUUGAUAACGUUGAGAGCACUGUUUCCGGGGCCAGUGUGGCCAGUUUCAUCAACAACCCGGAACUGAGCUCGCUGCUCGGCCAGAUCAAGUACUCCAGCGUGUUGGUGGUGAACGUUUACCUGCCUGCGUUCAAGCUGCUGUCGCACAGCGGGUUUGGGUUUCUGGUGCCAAAAUCGAUGCAGGACGAGACACAAUUGUUGGGCGUGAUUUUCGACAGCGAGAUUGAGCAGAACUCGAGACGGCUGUUGUUUUACAACGACGUGAGUACCGAACUUACAAGUCCGCAACCAGUUUCGGAUGAAAACCUGGGGAAAUUGGUGCAGGCAGUUUCCAAAAGAGGAUCGGUGAUCACGAAUUCGUACACCAAGCUGACGUUGAUGAUUGGAGGCCACCAAUUCAAAAGUAACGACGAUCUCCCAACCAAGUCCAGAGUCAACAAGAUUGUGCGUGACGUGCUAUUGAGCAAGUUGCACAUCGACCUGGACAAGUGCAACGGCACGGAGGAGGUGGAGGUUGAGUAUGUGGUUGAUGGUAUUCCACAGUACGAGGUUGGUCAUUCCGACCGGAAACACAAGAUCUUGGAGGUGUCGGAGAAAGAGUUUCAGGGGAAGCUUGUGUUGGGAGGAACAAGCGUUGGAGACGGGGUGGGAGUUCCCGAUUGCAUUGUAAAGGCCUUUAAAGACGCAUACAAAGUUUCCGGCCACGGGAAUUAG